ACAGUUCCGCAAGUCUAGUCUGUUUGUGUUUUGACGUUAUUGUAGAAAGCCCCUCAAACCACAAUACAAGUUCACAACCAAGGAGCCUGUCGGCGUUCAACACCUCGGGUAAAAAACGGGAGACAAAAUGGCAUCGGACUCUCCACGCAGACCAAGUCGCUGUGCUGGAGGGGUUUUGGUGCGGGCGCAAGCUGCUACGGAGCAGUCUUACAUGGAAAGUGUGGUGACCUUCCUGCAGGAUGUGGUCCCUCAGGCAUAUACUGGGGCUCCACCCACUGAUGAAAAAGAGAAAAUAAUUUGGGUUCGAUUUGAAAAAGCUGACAUCAACGACACUGCUCGCAACCCAGAGGUAAUGGAGAUGCACAGUGGUACUCCUGACCCUCCCCUCUGCCUCAUGAUUGGCUACACUGAUGGGAUGCAGAUCUGGGGCGUAUCUUUGGCAGGGGAAGCCCAAGAGCUGUUCUCAGUGCGACAUGGUCCUGUGCGAGCAGCUCGAAUUCUGCCAGCACCUCAUAUCAGUCCUCUGAAGAUGGACAGUUUUGCUGACAAGAGGCCCCUGCUGGGGGUUUGCAAGAGCACAGGGUCCUCUGGGACAAGCCCUCCUUACUGUUGUGCUGACCUAUAUUCUCUGCGGACAGGGGAAAUGGUCAAAUCAAUUCAGUUCAAGACACCUAUCUAUGAUCUGCACUGCAACAAACAUAUUCUUGUUGUGAGCCUACAAGAGAAGAUUGCAGCAUUUGACAGCUGCACCUUCACCAAGAAGUUCUUUGUCACAAGCUGCUAUCCCUGCCCUGGCCCCAGCCUCAAUCCAAUAUCUCUGGGAAGCCGCUGGCUAGCCUACGCUGAGAACAAGUUGAUAAGAUGUCACCAAUCUCGUGGAGGAGCUUGCGGUGACAAUGCACAGUCCUAUACAGCUACAGUGAUAAAUGCUGCCAAAACUUUAAAGACAGGUCUGACAAUGGUGGGUAAAGUUGUCACCCAGUUGGCAGGUACCCUACCAGCAGGCUCUCCAGAUGAGGAGAGCACAACUCACAGCACGAGUCGCCGUAGCCCCCACAACCCCGGUGUAGUGACCAUCAUCGACACACAAAAUGUUGGCGAAGGACAGGUCGUGGUGAGUGAGGACUCGGACGGAGAGGGAGUGGUGGCUCACUUCCCAGCUCAUGACAAACCCAUAUCCUGUAUGCAAUUCAACCCCAGCGGAAUGCUGCUGGUGACUGCAGACACUCUGGGCCACGAUUUUCACGUCUUCCAGAUCCUCACCCACCCAUGGGCAUCCUCACAGAGUGCUGUUCACCAUCUCUAUACCCUGCACCGUGGGGAAACUGAGGCCAAGGUCCAGGACAUGUGUUUCAGCCAAGAUAGUCGCUGGGUAGCAAUCAGCACCCUUCGCGGCACCACCCACGUCUUUCCCAUCAAUCCCUACGGCGGUGCACCCUGUGCCCGCACACACAUGUCCCCGCGGGUUGUCAACCGGAUGUCUCGCUUUCAAAAGAGUGCUGGCCUGGAGGAGAUUGAACAGGAGCUGAACAGGGCAGCUGCAUUAGGAGGAGCGGGAGCAGGAGGCAUAGGAGGAGGUGGUUGCAUUCUGGGUGGAGGAGGAGGCAUCGGGGGCCGCUGUAGUCCCAUACCAGGCAUGUCCAGCAGCCCCUCGGGGUCUCCACUGCACGCCAAACUGAGCAACCAGGAUUCAUACAACAACUUCACCAAUAACAACAUGGGGAACCCACGGCUUACCCCACUGCCCAGCCUUACUGUGGUGCUGCCUCUAGCUCAGAUCAAACAGCCUAUGACCCUGGGCACCAUCACUAAACGCACCGGCAAAGCCAAGCCACCUCCUCAGAUUUCCCCUAGCAAGUCCAGCGGAGGAGAGUUCUGUGUUGCCGCCAUCUUUGCCUCAUCUCGCUCCUGGUUCAUCACCAACCCCAACAUGAAAAGAGAGAAAGAUCAGUCUAGGCAGUCGGUUGUCGACUCGCUGUAUAUCAUCAGUUGCUACGGUAACUUGGUAGAGCAUGUUCUUGAGCCUCGGCCAAUUAGCACUGCUCUAAAGAUAAGCGAUGAUACACCUUUGGAGCUCAGCACCUGUCCAAGGGCCUGCUGGACUCUAGCCAGGACUCCACAGUGGAAUGAGCUGCAGCCACCCUUUAACUCCAACCACCCCUUGGUUUUGACCUCAGACCUGGUGCAGUACCAUCAGUAUCUUCUGGCUGCAGUGCCCCCAGGAAGCCCAGGCCCAAUCACGCGUCAUGAGUCAUCAGACAGCCUGGCGUCGGACCACAGUGGCCAGGACGAUGAAGAGUGGCUCUCUCAGGUAGAGAUUGUGACCCAUACAGGGCCCCACCGGCGGCUGUGGAUGGGCCCCCAGUUUCAGUUUAAGACCAUUCACCCUUCAGGCCAGACCACAGUCAUCUCCUCUUCAUCCUCAGUGCUUCAGUCCCAGGGCCCCACUGAUGUCCCACAACCCCUCUUGGAUUUUGACACAGACGACCUGGACUUACACAGCCUCAGACUGUAUGUGUGCAGGAUCCAGCCAGUACGUUCAGAGCCAGUCAGCAUGCCCGGCUCAACAGGGCUGGUGGCUGAUCGUCAAGGACAGUCCAAUAUCAUGGACACAGGAUCAGGGCCAUUUGAUGGACGUGGUGUGACCCUGCUUGAGGUAUGUGGUAGCUGGCCAGAAAACUUUGGUGUGCCGCGGCACAACAUCGGAUCAGCAGAUGCCAGCGAUGAAGGCCUGCGGGAGAGACUGGCCGACGCCAUGUCUGAGUCCCCUUCCAGGGAUAUAGUAGGAUCUGCUACAGAGCUGCAGAGGGAGGGCAGCAUCGAGACCCUCAGUAACAGUUCGGGUUCCACCAGCGGCAGCAUCCCACGCAAUUUCGAGGGUUACCGCUCACCCCUGCCCACCAACGAGAGCCAGCCACUCAGCCUCUUCCCCACCAACUUCCCUUAGCAUCUCACCUCUACUCCAGGAAGAACCACCACCUCCAGCCCACCUGACCACCUUCCUGACUCCCACAUAUCUGUCCAUCCAGCAUAACACUGAAACACUUACGUAUGUGUUGAACUGAAACCAGAUCACAUCUAGGAUUUGUGUUUCUCUGUACAGUGUGUGUGCUUUUCUCUUCUCUUACAGCUGGUUACAAAUCAAUGUGAUCUCAGCUACAUACAGUAUUAACAUUUUAUUUCUCGAGUUGGAUUUGAAGGCUGAUAUUUUUAUUGAAGCUGGCAAUGGCAAUAGUUUUUGCAGAUUUCCAAUCAUUUUAAAUUUGACAAUUUCAAUGCCCAAAUCAUUCCAAAAUGAAAUUGAUAGUGUUUGCCCUCAAAUUGUAAUCAUGUCAGGGUGAAAACGCCUGCACAAAUUUAUGGUAGACUUUUGAAACCUAAUUCCUAAGAUUAACCAAAUCUGAAGCGCAGAAAAUUGAAAGUAUAGAUAAUACAGUUAAUACAGAUAGUACAGGUACAUUUUCAUCACAGAGUAUUUCGACAUAGCUGUGGUCAGGGAGGAACUUCCUUUAUUUUCAAUAUUAGAUUUUUAAAAACAGACUAGUAUCAGCCCAACAAAUCAGUCUAACCCUGCUUGUUACCUUGUUGUGUUAAAUCAUAAACCAGUUGACACAGACAUUGUUGGAGACCAGCCGUCCUGUCCUCUCUGCAGCUGAUGUCUGCUGUUUCCUGAACCCACCAUCAUUCUUUGUGUGCGUUUGAAGUUUAACAGUGUGCCUGUUGUCUGACUGAGCAAUAAGAAAGGACAGACAGAGGAAAAAUGUUUAUUCCAGUCAGUGACGUGUAGCGGCUCCUUCUCCCUCUGGUGUGUUGCUGCUCUCAUGGCCUCUGACUAAUGUUUUUGAUUAAAUUUUGUCCUUUCAUGCCUUUGAUUUUCAUGUAAUUACAUUUGACAAAAGAUGCAGUAAUGAGAUGACACUAUUAGUAAGUGGCUGAAGUAAUUUGGAUGUUUACAGUGUAACUGAGAUAUGUUUCUAAAAUCAUUUAGAUGUAUUCCCUACUCAGCCUGUCCAGAUAGGAAAUUUUGAUUAAGUGUAGUAAUAGAGGCUGGCAUCGCCGUCAUGCUGUAUUUUGUACAUUUGCAACUUAUGACCAAAAUACUUUUCCGGCCUCUAGUUAUAGAUCUCUAAAAAAAUUAUUUUCCUUAAAUGUAAUAGCUUUGCCCAUAGCAAAGAAGAUUGACUUUGAUAAUCAGAAUUGUCUUUAUUAAAUACACUUUGCCUGUUUAUUUGUCAUUAGCAGAAUAUUGGACUUUGUGAAAAAUGAAAUGAAGUAUUUAUGGAGUCACCGUAGAAAGGAUAUGAAAUGGUAAUAGUAGUGCACAAUCUCCCAGGUCUGAGUGGUGUUGGACUUGCUGCACAUCAUGAUGGCCUGUCUCGGUCACUGAAUGAGUGGCACAGUUCUGCUUGUUGUAAAUGCUUGUUGUUUAUGGUAAGAUUUGAUUUGUAAAAUACUGACUUUUUUCCUUCAUUCAUACAAGUAAAAACAUAAUAAAA